CCACUUCCUCCCACGCCAGCGAAACUUCCGGCAUGUACAGGACGUUUAUUUGUUUUUUUAAACUUUCUUAAAUUGAUUAUUGUAAUUAACUACAAUUUCAGCUACGAUGUAUGUCGGUGAGCAUCUCUGUACAAUGAGGAACAGUUAACUAGUUUUCUCUUUAGAAAUCUACAAGAAAUCAGUAAUUCCUAUGUUUGUGUUUCCAUCAUUAAUUAAUGUUUAUUUUAUAAUGUUUCCCAAGGCGACAACCUUCACCGACAAAUUCCCGUGGAAUUUCUCUUAUGUUUCUCGUUAUUUUUUCAUGCAUAGACUAUGACAUUUAGCUGUAAUUACCUAGCAGAUUAUACACCAAUUAGCUGUUUUAUAUUGUUGCACAUUUGGGCCAUUUUUCACAAUUAUUCGUUAUUUUAAAGUCAUUAAACAAUACAUUCAUUUAACAUAUUUUGGAUGUGUAUUAGUUUGCCGGUCUUAACUAGAUAGACACUUAAACCACUUCUAAGUUAUUUCACAUACCAUAUACUGAUUAUUUAUUGAGUUUAGUUAUAUAUUUAUUGCUAGCCUAUAUUCUUAUAUUCAAGUUUUAGCUGUAACAGACAUCAGACCAGUUGAUUGUGUUUGCGUCUUUAACAAAAUGAUUCUGGGCAUGUGUCGUCUGUUUUGCCUUCUGUUGGUCUUAACAUUUCUUUAUGCGUUAGCCGUGUAUAUCUUUGCUCAGGGUUUUCUGUUGAAACGUACCGUAUUACCAGAAAAAAGUCAAUGUAAUGUCAACUUUGCGACUGUAUUGGAAAGACACGGAGAGCAGGGAUGCUGGAUGCACGGACGUUUUCGACGAGCUAUCAUCAUCAUUAUCGAUGGCUUGCGGUAUGAUUUCCUCGUCCCCAAUAAUACAGCUAAAACAAAUAUGUUGCCUUAUAUUAACAAAUUAACAGUUGUACAUGAUAAAUAUAACCAAGAGAAAGAUCGUGCAAUGUUGUAUAAAUUUAUAGCUGACCCUCCUACAACGACCAUGCAACGACUGACUGGACUUACGACCGGUAGCCUUCCUACAUUUAUCGAAGCUGGGUCGAAUUUCCGUUCUACUGAAAUUACAGAAGAUAACAUUAUCGAUCAAUUAGUUGCUCAGAAGAAGAAGAUCAAAUUCCUCGGAGAUGAUACAUGGAUGGGACUUUUUCCUGGGAGGUUUACUAAAUCUUUUGCAUUUCCUUCUUUCAAUGUUAAAGAUUUACACAGUGUAGAUAAUGGGAUUAUAAGUCAUCUCUCAUCAGAGCUUGCCAAGUCCGACUGGCAUGUUUCGAUUGCUCAUUUCCUUGGUGUUGACCACUGCGGACAUCGUUUUGGACCAAACCAUACAGCUAUGGCCGAGAAACUAUCACAAAUGAACGAAAUGCUUGAUUCUGUCAUGAAACUGAUGAAAGAUGAUACAAUAUUGUUUUUGUUUGGAGAUCAUGGCAUGACUGACACGGGCGACCAUGGCGGUGACAGUAAAGAUGAAAUAGAGUCUGGUUUAUUUAUAUACAGUCCAUCACGUUUAAGAUAUCCACCAUCAAAGACUUCAACUUCGGCAAUUCCAAGCAUCGCUCAAAUUGACAUCGUUCCAACUCUGUCUCUCCUGUUAGGUGUUCCAAUUCCUUUCUCAAAUGUCGGGAUGGUCAUUAAUGAGCUCUUCUCUUUCUGCCCGUGGUGGGAUACUUAUAGCGAUGCCAAACAGCUCUACCACAACAUAAAAGCACUUCGACUGAAUGCACACCAACUCGACCAAUAUUCUCAGAUUUAUUCACAAACUUCUGGAGAACCGCUGCUAAAAAACAAGUUUUUACAGCUUCACCAAAAGUUUGAGAAGGCAGAAAAAGAAUUCAGCCAGUUUGUAACAGAAAUGGUGAAAUCUGAAGACAUGGCUACUGACAGUCAAUGGUUGGCACGUCUAAAAAAUAAUUAUGUCGCAUUCAUUUCUGAAACUAAAGAGAUGUGCCAAGAUUCUUGGGCUAAGUUUGAUACCACACAGAUUCUACUUGGCUUUUUUGUUAUGUACUUUGCCAUUUUUGUAAAUAUCUAUUUCUUAAAACUACCUUUUCUCAGAGAUACUUCUUACCCCAAAUCUGUCGUCUUUCUGCUGGCUGGCAUAUUUAUAAUUUCUAUUUUAUGUAUUCUUCAAUCUCUAUAUUUCAAAGACAGCUCUGUGUUGAAUAUUCCUUCCAUAAUGAUUAUAUUCGAUGUUGCUAUUCUUGCACCAGUUAUUUACUUUGUUAUCACUAAAAGCAAACUGCCUACUCUAUCUUCUCUCAAAAAAACAUUCAGUUUGCGUAAAUAUGAUCUUGUCACUAACUGUUCCUGUUUAACGACCAUUAUCUAUAUUGCUGCCUUCUUUUCUAAUAGUUAUGUUGUUUAUGAGGAUUGUGUUGUUACAUUUUUAAUUCUUAGUCACCUCUGUUGUUACUUUGUCCAACUCUUAAGAAAAAUGCUUCAUGACAAGAUGGCCCAUCAUCGAGAUGGACCGAGUAAGCGCAGUAAGUCUGUGAGCAAGUUUGACAUUGGUUAUAUCUUCAUCCAUCCAGCAUUCAUUAUCUUUCUUCUAGUUUUACUGUUCUGUCUUGUCUUGAGAUUCUCCAUAUCUUUCCGCACGUGUCGGGAAGAGCAAUGGACUUGUAUUCAUUCAAUAUUUACUUUCCCCCUGUCAAACCUCUCAGACAGCGAAAGCAAAAAUUUACGUUAUUUUUUCAGUGUUGCUUGUAUUAUUACUGUCAUUGUUGUAUCUCAUCAGUGGUUACGCUUCUAUGGAAACCUAAACAGCAACAUAACCACUGUCUUAUUUUAUAAAUAUGGAUUCCCAGCUGCAACCAUUUGUAUUGGAUUACAUUGGGCCGUUCAAGGUCUCCCAGCUAAAGAACUUGACAGUCUACCCUACAUACACCAUGUCUUUCUGGCAAGAUUAGCUUAUGCACUCCUCAUAUUAUCCAUGUUGUCUUUUAUAAUCAACCCAUUAUGUGUUCAUCUUGUACAAACCAACAGGAAGCGGUUGAAUAUUCCUUCUUGGCGUGCUUCUGUUACUGAGAUAAUUCCGGAAGUUUUCAAACAGUUACAUAAAAACUGGGGAGAAGAAAAAGAAGAAAACUCUGAAAAGCCUGUAAUUGCUUGUGGACUCGGGACGGUCCAGACUGCCUCCAGUAUUUACUGUGUGACCAUGUGCUCUUUAUUAGUGAGUUUAUUACUUGGUGAUGGUAUGACCCCAAGUAUAUUACUGGCUUUAAUCCUCAUUUGCAUUUUCUUAGAGCUACAUUCCACAUUUUACCACACAUCGGUAAAAUUAGAGAAUGCUGAAGUCUCCUGGACAUCAAUAACCAUGUGGAGUCUGCUGUCAAUAUGUUUCUUCUAUGCCACUGGACAUCAAGCUACAAUCCAAACAAUUCGAUGGGAAUCAGCAUUUGUUGGUUUCUAUGGAGAUUUUACAACUCAUAUUAUUCCAUCAGUUUUGAUCACACUCAACACAUUUGCUGGACCAAUUCUGUUUACUGUAGCGGCACCAUUAUUGCUAUUUUGGCCACACAUUAACAAACCAGCUGCAGAAUAUUUCAGCCACAAGAAGAAAGCUGAAGAGUGGAGAGGAGAUGUGGUAUUGUUUGAGAAGAAUGUUGUGCCUCAGUUGUUAUUCAUGUUGUACACUCGUUUGUUUCUCUUCUCUUCUUUAGCAUUACUUAGCAGUAUGACAGCAGCAGCACUUCAUAGAAGACAUUUAAUGGUUUGGAAGAUAUUUGCUCCUCGGUUUAUAUUUGCUGCUGCAAUGUCUGGAGUCACCUUUUUAACUGGUUUAAUUACCUUCCUGUUGAUGAUUCGUGUACAAGCUGCUCUGUCGCGUUGGUUUUAUAAACUAGCUGAAUCUUAUGGCCAAUCUCAGUCUUGACGAUGAUGGUGCUCUUUAAGGAAAAACUACUUUGUAGACUUUUAGAGUUGUAUUUGUUUAGCAGGUGGCUUCAUCUGGGAUGGUGUGAUGAAAUUGAACUAACUAUAUUGUAGCAGAACCAUUUACUAACACACAAAGCUGUUAAAUUAAUUUUAAAUUUAACCCUUCAAAAUUUAAGCCAGUCAUAUCUGGCUCAAAUAUUCUACCUGUUUAUGUUCAAACUGGCUAGAUCCAACUUCUCACAUAAACCCUACAAUGUCAUUCUAAAAAUAUAGAACCAUAUCAUUGAAAUCUCAAAGCUAUGACUUGUUGCAUGUUUAAUUCAAAACAAUGUGAAUAAAGAAGUAUUAUGCUUGACAGAGUAAUCCGAAUACUAAAGGUUUGAAUUUAUUUCAUCACACAAAUACAACCUUGUCAUUGAUACAGUUCUAUGAAGAUGCAAUAGAACAGGAACAAUGAGCAAGUUACUACUUGCUCGUUUGAUACUGCAUUAAAUAAAUUUAAAACAAAUUUAACAGCUUUGCAUGUUAUUAAUUAGUUCUGCCAUGGUGUAGUUGCUUCAUAGAGAAUUUAUUUUAAAGCUUCCAUAUUUGAAAUGUUCCAUUUAUUUUUACCUUUGGAUUGUUUAUAUUUUAAGAGGCAUUAUUGCCAUCAACAAUCAGAUUUUUAAGAAAUUAACAAAAAAGAAACAAAAAAAAAAAAGAUAUAGGAACUCAGUUUUUAAAUGAGUACAUUACAGUCAACAAAAAUAUUGAAAAACCACUAUUACAUCAAAUAAAGGCAGUGAGCUGGCAGAACUGUUAGCAUGCCGGGCGAAAUGCUAAGCAGUAUUUCGUUUGCUGCUAUGUUCUGAGUUCAAAUUCCACCAAGGUAGACUUUGCCUUUCAUCCUUUCGGGGUCGAUAAAUUAAAUACCAGUUGAGUACUGGGGUCAAUGUAAUCGAUUUACUCCUCCUCUCAAAAUUUCAGGCCUUGUACGUAUAGCAGAAAGGAUUAUUACAUCAAAUAUAUUUUUAAAAUACAGUUUCUCAGUGCUAUUAGAAUUCACGUGAUUCACUCUUUAUGUGGUUUUAAUAAGCUGUUAUUUUGUAAUGACAAUAAUAGUAAUAAUAACCAGAUAUUGAAUUCAUAUAUAAAAUGUAUAUAGAAUAUUAGUUCACUAGUAACAUAUAAUUGUACAUGUUACAUCUUCAAAGUGCAUUUGGAUGCAUAAACAUUCGUGUUAUAAUAAAAAUUAUUAUUUUUAUCCAUUUCUGUUUCAUGUAUGUUUGUUCGAUGAAGGAAUGUUUGAACAUCAUUAAUAAAAUAUUUGUUAUGUUUUCAAACUAUCUUUUACAUUUCAACUUGUGUGUUUACUUUCUGCUUAUUUUUUUAAAGUUCAUUUAACUGAAAUAUUAUGAUGAACUGCAGAUAAGAUAAUUAAAAUUAAUUAUAUUAAACAGU